AUGAAGGCGGGCAUUUCGUACAGAAGAUGCACAUGGACAGUUAUGACGCAAAUGGAUCUUUCCAUCCAGAAUAAAGUGAUCAGGCAUUUAGAAGAAAUAGAAGAAGCUGGUGAAAUGGUAUUGGCCAAGAAACAAGAAUGCAUAGUUUACGACAGGAAUCGGCAAAAAUCACGCGAAGCUGUGCGACAGCUAAUGCAAUUGGACUCAGAAAAUAAACAGUGGGCGUGCUUAUCUGACCAGUUCUUUCUGUUUCCGUCUGUUGGAUUGAGGAAAGCAAUUGAGGAGGAUAUUAAAGUUUAUGAUUCUGAAAUCCAGAAGUUAAAUCACCAAUUAAAGGAAGAUAUUAAAUGGUUACAUGAACUUGAAGGUAAAGAGCCCCUCAAAGGAUUUGACUUGUUGCCACUAUGAAAUUGAAAAACAUCUGAUACUUAACAUGUGUACAAAUCAGAAUAAAAGUAUGCAUCUUACUGCUUCAUUUUUGU